GAAGAUUCAGGUUGAGCAUUUGGUGGGCGCUGCCUCUAAAGAGAAUAAUCAGCACACUUAUGGCAGGGAUUUUGUGUACAGUAGUUCAGAGGCCAUUAGGCAGACUACAGACUGUGACAAAAGGUGUGGAGUCUCUUGUUUGUACAGAUUGGAUUUGUCACAGAUUUACCAGGUCAAGAAUUCCAGAUAAAGUGUUUCAGCCUUCACCUGCAGAUCAUGAAAAGUAUGGUGGGGAUCCACAGAACCCCCAUAAACUGCAUAUUGUUACUAGAAUAAAAAGUACAAAAAGACGUCCAUACUGGGAAAAAGAUACAAUAAAGAUGCUUGGAUUAGAAAAAGCACAUAACCCUCAGGUUCACAAGAAUAUCCUUUCAGUGAAUGCAAAACUGAAAGUGGUCAAACAUUUGAUAAGAAUCAAGCCCCUGAAGCUGCCACAAGGACUUCCAGCAGAGGCAGACAGUUCUAACACGUGUCUCAAGAGCAAUGGAGAAUUAGUAAUACAGUGGCACCUGAAACCUGUGGAGCAGAAAAGUUAAGUCCUGAUGCCAGAACAGCUUCAGAUUAAACAAUGCAAAUUGUUUCAAAAAAUAAAUAAAUAAAAUAGGAUGGUCAGGAAAGCCUACUUAGAUGACAAUUGUGUUAAAGACUUGAAAGAGAUAAGAAAAUGUUCUAUUCGUGUCUGAGGAAGAGCGAAUUCUAGCUUCAAAGAAAAGCAAAUGCAAAAGCCAGAAGACAAGAGGAUGCCUAGUUGUUUCAGGAAGUU